CACACACACACACACACACACACACUGUGCGCAGACAGCUCGUAUGUGUGUUGCGGCGUCGUGUAGAAAAGAAACGGGAGCUCGACCUUGAGCUGACAGAUUGAGACGCCGUCAUCAUCCUCAUCAUCAUCCUCAUCAUCCCGAGCUCCGGUUCAGCGCGUGUGAAGCUCGGCUGGCACUUCCUGGGGUGUAAGGGACUGAGCAGCUGUCACGAUGGAUGCCCAAUCACAAGGUCAGCAGCCGCCAGUGCCAGUGAUUCAGCCACAGAAAAUCCAACAGGACAUGGGCUAUACUAAUUUAGCCAAUUUUGCCAUUGAAAAGAAGAUUGGAAGAGGACAGUUCAGUGAGGUUUAUCGAGCCACAUACAUGCUACAUAAUACACCAGUAGCUCUGAAAAAAGUACAGAUAUUCGAGUUGAUGGAUGCCAAAGCUCGGCAAGAUUGCAUCAAAGAAAUAGAUCUCCUGAAGCAAUUGAACCACCCGAAUGUAAUUAAAUACCAUGCGUCAUUCAUUGAAGAGAACGAGCUAAAUAUAGUACUGGAACUUGCAGACGCCGGGGACCUCUCACAAAUGAUAAAGCAUUUCAAGAAACAAAGACGGCUGAUUCCCGAGAAGACAGUAUGGAAGUACUUUGUUCAGUUGUGUAGUGCACUGGAGCACAUGCACUCCCGUCGUGUCAUGCACAGAGACAUAAAACCCGCUAAUGUCUUCAUCACAGCCACUGGAGUGGUGAAACUGGGCGACCUGGGCUUGGGACGCUUCUUCAGUUCCAAAACCACCGCAGCUCAUUCUCUAGUGGGCACCCCAUAUUACAUGUCUCCCGAGCGAAUACACGAAAAUGGAUAUAACUUCAAAUCUGACAUCUGGUCGCUAGGCUGCCUGCUCUAUGAGAUGGCCGCCUUGCAGAGUCCAUUCUACGGGGACAAAAUGAACCUCUACUCCCUGUGUAAAAAGAUUGAGCAGUGUGACUACCCCCCACUACCGUCUGACCAUUACUCUGAAGAGCUGCGAAAACUGGUAGAUAUGUGCAUCAACCCAGACCCAGAGAAAAGGCCUGACAUCACCUACGUGUACAACGUCGCCAAACACAUGCACGCCCUGACGAUCGCAAACUGAGUCUGCUGUCCACUUCCUGUUGCUCCGACUUUUGAAGGCCUUUGUCUGGCCUGUAUUUUUGCCAGCCUUUUCCACAAAUGUCAUUUAAUAUGCUUGUUUUCCUCCAACAUAAUGCAAUUUGGCUAUCAACAUGAGAGAGGCAUCUUUCAGUAUAAAAAGAAUUACGACAUACUGUAAAGAGCACAAAGCACCAUGCAACGCCUUUUGGUUUAUUAACAAAACUGUUAACAAUAGAAAUAAAUCAAAUGCAUGAGGUGACCAAGGCAAAAUAAAUCCUUUUACCUUUUAAAUAUAGCACUCCUAAGGGGGAAAAUCAGUGUAAACUGGUUUGACUUGAUUUUGUUCUUUUCAAGUUUGGUACAAUGCAAUGAUUGCGAUUUGUUUUUUCGCCUGUCACCACAUUAGCACAAAAAGCAAAUCAGAUAUGACUUUUCACAAUCCCAUAACACCCCUUCCAAGAACUCUUUUACAGCAAAACUUUACAAGAAGACUGAAAAACAUCUCUAUAAAAAGAGAACUAAAUUCCCCUUAAAAAGCAAGUUUCUACUUUUGAAAUUUUAGAGGUUUGUCAUUGUAGUAAUAGAGCAUGAGAUCAUAGCGGUAUAUGUUGCAGUUUCCAUGGGCUAAAUAACUAGUCCAUCUCUAAAACUUAGCAGACUUUAGAUUUCAGUGCAUCCCACUGUGAUACCUUAGAAAAUAUACUUUCACUCAAAGCAUUAAGAACCUCGAUUUUGCGUCCAAAUGUUCAGAGCAUUUUUUGUUUGUUUUCUGACUGGCCCUCCUAUACCUUGAACACAUUUAUUGCAAUGCUUUCUGGGAGUAUCUCUUUAAAUGAAAAGAUGAAACCCUUGAAAUCCUCUUCAUAAAUGAAAAGAGACCUUGCACCAAUGUAGUUUUUAUUUCUACAAAAUGCAUUAAAUGAUAAAAUGAUAGUUCACAUUCAGUGGGUAUCAUACAAUGCAUUCUGGAUAAAGUCCGGUUUAAAAGUCAAAUUCUUCCCGUGUCAGCACAUAGUAUCCGCACCUCGGUGGCUGCUACUUGAACUGUAGUGAAUGAUGAAUUCAACGGCCUUGCAUGUAAUGCAGUAACUUAUAAAUAUUCACAUAUCCUAUGUGCCUUUAGAUUCUUGAGAGUGCCUUGUUCUGUAUUUGUCUUUGAAAAACGUGCCUUUACAAACCAAAUAGUUUGAUUUCAUGAAUGAUGUUGCAUUUACAUCAAUAAACAAUGCUUAAAACCCAAUAAUAGUGCUGGGUAAAAAUAUUGAUUUUCCAAUGAAUCAUGAUCUUCAUUUAAACGAUGCCGAUAUGAUUUUUUUAAAUCCCAAGAUCAAUAUUUUACUUGUGAUUCAAAGUUUAUUUAAAUUUUGUUGAUUAUUAUAUCUGUUAAAUAAUGGAAAUUGAUCUGCAUAGUUUUGGUCCUGUUGUCGAUUUCUAAAAUGUACCAAAUAAGAAGGUUCCCUAUAUAAUUUACAAAAUUAGCUAAGGAUUUCUUUCAUGUGUAAGCAGAAUUGGAAAAUGAUAUGGAAAAUAUGGCUACAUGAAUCAGAAGUGAUUCAAAAUGUAUGGAAAUGGGAAAUUAAUCAAUAGCUUAUAAAGCAGAAUUGAAUCAAAUUCGGGAAAUCUGUAUCUAUAUCUAGCCCUACCCAAUUACACAAAACAAGCUAGAAAAGUGUUUCAUGUUGCCUAUUUGUUUUAUUAAAAAUGGGAGCGAUUGGCAACAAUUAUAAUAAUCAUUUGAGUUGGUUUACAUGUAAUAUCGCAGUAAAUUUAUCAGUAUGUUUAGUAGGUCUAUUUGUAACUAUGUACGUUUACGAGUGUUUUUGAAAUUCAAUUGAAUUUUAGUUAUUGAGUCAUCAAGUAAGUUUGGCCUUGUACAAUUCUGAUAUGUUCACUUUGAAAAACCUUUUGACCUCUUCCAGACUUUAAUCUGUAUGCUCUUAAACUGCUAUCCAGAAUGUGGCUUGUGAUCUAUGGCAGACACUAAAUUACACAAGCAUAUGAAGUUUAACUGAACAGACAGAAGCUUUUGUGCUGCACCCUUUGCAUACUGUAUGAUACCUGAUUUGCUGUGAUAGUACCAAUUAUAAAAAGGUAUUUGUUUUUUUUUAACUUUAGUCGAGAGAAUUUUAAGUGUUUACUUUUUCUUUUUACUGUACUUUUGCAAUAGUCUGUGCAUAACUUUUUUCUUUUCAUCUUUUGUUAACACAGUAAAAGAUUAAGCCUGUUGCCUUAUAGAAUAGGAUGUAUUUAUCUUGAAAAGGCAAGUGAGGCUUAAGAAUUGCGCUGAAGAUUGCCCUGCACGUGCCUCUCCAGCUAGAUCUGGAUCCAGAAGAAACUGAUGGGGAGGCUGAAGCACAUGAAUCAGACGCUGACUUUUACCCAAAUCAUUUGGGAGAGGAAGGGAAGGCAACUUUUAUUUAUUUGUCUUUUUUUUUUUUUAUUAUGUUUAACAUUCAAGAUGCAUACUAAUUCUUUAUAUGCUAAUUGAAAUGAUGAAAUAAAAAAAAAAUGAAUGAAAUAAGAU